AUGUCCACCGGCAAGGAGGCUUCCGUGCCGAGUGACGCGGCGGCCACGGACAGACUCAACGGCAGCGUCGGCGCCGCUGCCAAGCGGCCGCGCGACAGCGAGGGCGCGGAGCGCUACGGCGGACCUGCUUCAAACCCCAAGGCGGAGGCGCUGAGCGAGAAUCUGGGCUGCGCGCACGCGCAUGGCUGCUGCGAGAGCUCGGAGGCGGAGCUUGCUCGAGAGCUGCUCGAGCUCAUCACUGCGCCCGACGCUGACGUUGGUGGCGCGAUCAAGCUCUUAUUUUCUCAGCCUCGCACCUCUUCUUCCCGUCGCACGCGGGCUGUCGCAUGGCACUUGGAAUAUGACUCGGGCGAGGAUGCGUCAGCACGAGUACUAUUUCAUCGUGCAGCGCAGGCUGGCUCGCCACUACUGUUGGCUGGAGCUCCUCUCCCGCCCGACGUCGGUGAUGGCGCAUGA